UUGGGUCCUGCGGGCGCCGAGGUCAGGAGGGUGUUUGUUGCGGUGUCUCCUCCAUAUCGUCCUACACCGGCCCCUGUCGCUUUUUCUGCCGCUUUUCCUCCCUCACAAUUUGACAACAACAUCCUCGACAACAGUAAUACUCGGCAAAAUGGCAGUCCCUCCAACAUAUGCAGACCUUGGAAAAUCAGCAAAGGACAUCUUCAAUAAGGGAUAUGGUUUUGGCCUGGUUAAGCUCGAUGUUAAGACAAAGUCUUCAAGUGGAGUGGAGUUUAAAACUUCCGGCUCAUCCAACGUGGACACCAGCAAGGUCACCGGAACCCUUGAAACCAAGUACAAGUGGGCUGAGUACGGGCUGACCUUCACAGAGAAGUGGACCACAGAAAACACACUUGGAACUGAAAUUUGUGUCGAGGAUCAGAUCACCAAGGGGCUGAAACUUACCUUUGACACUACAUUUUCGCCUAACACUGGCAAGAAGAGUGGCAAGGUCAAGACGGCUUACAAAAGGGAAUACCUUAAUGUUGGUGUUGAUGUAGAUUUAGAUUUCGCUGGACCUACAAUCCAUGGAGCAGCAGUGGCCGGCUACGAGGGCUGGCUGGCUGGCUACCAGAUGACCUUUGACUCGGCCAAAUCUAAGAUGUCCCAGAGUAACUUUUCAGUUGGUUACAAGACCGGAGACUUCCAGCUCCACACCAAUAUAAAUGAUGGUUCAGAGUUUGGUGGAUCCAUUUACCAGAAGGUAAAUGACAACCUGGAGACUGCUGUGAAUCUUGCCUGGACAGCAGGCAGCAACGGCACUCGUUUCGGAAUUGGUGCCAAAUACCAGUUAGAUUCCAGUGCCUCCAUAUCAGCUAAGGUGAAUAAUGCCAGCUUGGUAGGAAUUGGAUACUCCCAGACUCUCCGGCCUGGUAUGAAACUAGUCCUCUCUGCACUGGUGGAUGGGAAGAACAUCAAUGCUGGUGGUCACAAACUUGGUUUGGGCCUGGAGCUGGAGGCAUGAGGAUCUGCUCUGCCAUUUCAUAAGAAGAAGAAGAGAGAGAUCAGCUGAAUCUGAUCCUGAGCAAACCUGUCUGGUCAGCAACAGAUAUUUUAAAGAGAUGAAGCCAAAAUAGAAAAGAAAAUCCCAGUUCUCAAGCACUGUUAAAAUGGAAACCUUUCCACCAGCUUCCUUUUAUUGUGGUUACAAUAACUAGUCAUGUUACAAUCACAUGUACUUCUCAGUUACUCCUUCUGCCAAUUGAUCCUCACUAGUUGUAAGAAAACCCCUCCUCUGGGUGCACCAUGUCCAGGAAUGGUUUCAAAAAAGAAAAACCUUGCUUUUUUUUGCUGAAGUGUGAUAAUGUAGAAUGUAAACCUGAGCUGUUAAUUUGCACAGUAGAAUAUAUCUUUAUUUAAGCUUUUCCUCCUUUGUUUUAUUUGCACAUUUUAUUUGUAUAUUAGUAGUAAUGUUCCACCUGUUGGAAGGUUUACUCCAACAAAAUAUGCUUAUCAAGAUCGAAGCCAAUCUAGUGGCUGCUCUUCACUUAUCUUUCUAGAGAGGCUUAAUUGUGC